UGAUUGUCCUUAAAGUGUCCAUGUGCAAUAUAGUGUGUAUAAAGUGGCACUGUGUUGUGCAAGUCCAGAGUUAAAGUGACAGUCCAGAGUUAGGGUAUCAUAGUGCAAAAGAGGUGUGCAGAAAACUGUAAAGUACUAGAUCCUGGGUGACUCCUGGUUUAAACUAGGGAUGCACCGAUCCAAUAUUUUGGAUCGGUAUCAAUGCCGAUCCAAGCAUUUUGGGUGGUUUGGGUAUCAGUGGUGCGUUACCGAUGUCGCUCAUCUGGCUAGAAAAAAUGUUUGGAACAUACUGUAACUGAACAAACAAUGCAUAAUCGAAUGAUAAAUAGUUUUUAUAUAAGUGUAUGAGUGCAUUAUGGUAGAGCAUUACGUUAGCAUCACAAAGGUUGUGGGUUCGAUUCCCAGGGAACACGGAUACUGAUAAAAUGUAGGUAACUCAAAUGCACUGUGAGUUUCUUUGGAUAAAAGUGUCUUCUAAAGGCAUGAAUGUUAAUUUCAUGUAAAUACAAACAUUGACUUCUGUGUGUUGGUUUUGCUUUUCUUGUUUUGGCAGCGUGGCAGGGAACAGGGGGUUUAAGAGGUGGGCGGGGGUAGUAGUAUACCACUUUUUUUUGAGGACUACACCACUGGAUUGCAUCUACACACAGGUCACAGAAAUGAUAAUUAGCAAAUCAACAGGAGUGAAAGACCAGAAACGGAGCAGAAACAAAGAAGAAGCAACAAAUUCAAAUCUACAUGCAAAUCCAUGUCAUUGAAUCUGACUAGAUAAAAAUAAAUACAGUGUACAUGUUACCUGUAAUGAUGAUGCUACAGUGGUGCUGGGUGGUGCUGACAGUUUUAAUAAAAGGAACCAUAAAAACGGACUCAUUUCUGGAGUAAUUGCACCAAACAACACAAUGGAAAACUGUUCCAGUGUCUUGAGUCCACUGUUGGAGAAAUAUUACCUCUCACCACUGUACGGUCUGGAAUUUGCCAUCGGCUUCAUCGGAAACCUAGUGGUGGUCCUAGGCUACAUCUUCUGCCUCCCUGCUUGGAAGUCCACUAACGUGUACCUGUUUAACCUGUCUGUGUCUGAUGUCGUCUUCCUGUGCACUUUACCUGAGCUGUCCUAUAACUAUGCUUACAACCUGAAGAAAUUCAAUGCUGCACUCUGCAUGAUAAAUCGUUAUAUCCUCCAUGUGAACCUGUACUCCAGCAUCCUUUUCAUGAUGUGGGUAAGUGUGGACCGGUUCUUAUUGAUAUGUCACCCACAUCGACAACACAUCCUGUUGACUCUCAAGGCUGCAAUAAUCAUCACCAUCCUGAACUGGAUCUGGGUGACUGUUCAAGUCGCUCCUCUCAUCUUCUUCAUUAACCAGGACUUGGAGCAAAAUGGCUGGACAGCGUGUCUUGAUUUUGCGAGUUUGAGAAAUUCCCAAGCUAUUCUGAUCUACAACAUAAUUCUCACUAUAACUGGAUAUGUGAUUCCCCUUAUAGGUUUGUUUCUAGCAUCACAAAAGAUCGUUUCUGUUCUCAUUAAAAGACAGGAAGUGAUUGGGACAUCUUUCCAAAGGCCAGUAAGGGUUGUGAGGUUUGCAGCAAUCAUGUUCCUGGUGCUCUACACACCUUUCCAUGUAAUGAGGAUUGUCCGUAUUGUGUCUCAGCUUCCUGAAUUAAAAUUGUCAAAGUGUGUUUUAGACUACAUCAGUUCAGCUUACAUAGUGACACGGCCAUUUGCCUAUUUACACAUUGUCAUCAACCCUGUGUUUUACUUCCUCAUGACAGACCGUUUUAAAGAAGCUCUACAGGACAAAUGGAGGCAGAUUAAAAGGAUUAUAAUGAGAGCGUCAUAAACAAGUCUGACCCAGACAAAAAAAAGCACUGAUAAACCCAUGUCAAUUUAUUUGCUAUUAACUGGACAUUUAAUUAAUUUUAUGGUUAUAAAGAUUGCGUAAGUGACAAUUUAUUGUAUAUAAAAAUUUGACUUUUGAUCAAUCUGUUUGUUUUAAUAUGAUAAUACUAUUUAUAUAUAGUUUACAGUGCAGGUCAUCUUUAAUGAAUAUACAUAUUGCUCGUCACAUUUGUUGAAUGUCUUUUGUGUUGUGAUGAUAUUUCAUAAUAUUAACUGUCUGUAAUUAAUGUAAAACAAAAUCCUGGUAUUUGGUAAAUUUAUAUAAAUUUUCUGCAUUGCCAAAAAAUCUAGAAACAUAAAAAGAGUUAUUUGUAGACAUCUCUGUAGGGGGACUUAUUGUUUCAGCAGUACAGUUAUGUUACUCCCCCAGAAUGUCUGUUAUUACUACUGAAUUAUUGUGAAUAAAAAUAGGAACUUAUCGAUUGUCCAGACAGACAGGGGUUUUAUUAAUGACAAAAUCAACAGACACAAGAAAACACUAGGGAAAUACUGAGCAACUAAAAUACAGAAGAAG